CGAGAUCUGGCUGGGAGCGCUCGGGGCCUUUUCAAACCCCGGUCCGUUACCGCUCCGGGCCGCGGCCGCCAUUGUCGCGCGCGGAGCCCUCAGCGAGCGCGGUGGAGCGAUGGCGGACGCCGACAAGCCCGCAGUGGCCGGUGACGACAGCCCGCGCCCGCAGCCUGCCGAGUCCCGCGGCCCGGAGCCCGAGAAGCAGCCGCCGCGGAGCAGCUCCAACGGCGUGACAAUGGAGAAUGAUGGAUCGGUGAAAGAAGAGAAAUCUGACUUAAAAGAGAAAUCCGCAGGAAAUAAGAAGGGCAAUCGAUUUCAUCCGUAUUCAAAAGACAAGAAUUCAAGCACUGGUGAAAAGAAGGGUCCAAAUCGCAACCGGGUUUUCAUUAGCAACAUCCCAUAUGACAUGAAAUGGCAAGCUAUCAAAGACCUCAUGAGAGAAAAAGUCGGUGAGGUUACAUACGUGGAGCUCUUUAAGGAUGCGGAAGGAAAAUCAAGGGGUUGUGGUGUGGUUGAAUUCAAAGAUGAAGAAUUUGUAAAGAAAGCACUAGAAACUAUGAACAAAUAUGAUCUUAGUGGAAGACCCCUGAAUAUAAAAGAGGACCCUGAUGGAGAGAAUGCCCGUAGGGCACUGCAGCGAACAGGAGGGUCCUUUCCCACAGGCCACGCCCCGGAGAUGGGGUCCGGGUUGGUGAACCUACCACCGUCCAUUCUCAAUAACCCAAACAUCCCCCCUGAGGUGAUCAGUAACUUACAGGCUGGUAGACUUGGUUCCACAAUAUUUGUUGCUAAUCUGGACUUCAAAGUUGGUUGGAAGAAACUAAAGGAAGUGUUCAGCAUAGCUGGGACUGUAAAGCGAGCAGAUAUUAAAGAAGACAAAGACGGCAAGAGCAGAGGAAUGGGCACGGUCACUUUUGAGCAAGCAAUUGAAGCCGUGCAAGCGAUUUCUAUGUUCAAUGGGCAGUUUCUAUUUGACAGACCCAUGCAUGUGAAGAUGGAUGACAAGUCUGUCCCUCAUGAAGACUACCGUUCACAUGACAGCAAAACACCACAGUUGCCACGUGGUCUUGGUGGCAUUGGAAUGGGACUUGGUCCAGGCGGACAGCCUAUCAGUGCCAGCCAGUUGAACAUAGGUGGUGUAAUGGGGAAUCUAGGUCCAAGUGGUAUGGGAAUGGAUGGCCCAGGUUUUGGAGGAAUGAAUAGGAUUGGAGGAGGCAUCGGGUUUGGUGGCCUGGAAGCAAUGAACAGCAUGGGAGGAUUUGGUGGAGUGGGCCGGAUGGGAGAGCUGUACCGUGGCGCUGUGACUAGUAGCAUGGAACGAGAGUUUGGACGCACUGACAUCGGAAUAAACCGAGGCUUUGGAGAUUCAUUUGGUAGACUUGGCGGCGGCAUGGGUGGCAUGAGCAGCGUGACAGGAGGCAUGGGCCUGGGCCUGGACCGCGUGAGCUCCAGCUUUGACAGAGUGGGCCCAGGCAUCAGCGCCAUCCUGGAGAGGAGCAUCGACGUGGACCGCGGGUUCCUGUCCGGGCCCAUGGGCAGUGGGCUGCGAGAGCGCAUGGGCCCCAAAGGCAACCAGAUAUUUGUCAGAAAUCUGCCCUUUGACUUGACUUGGCAGAAACUGAAGGAGAAAUUCAGUCAGUGUGGCCAUGUCAUGUUUGCAGAAAUUAAAAUGGAGAACGGAAAGUCCAAAGGCUGUGGGACAGUCCGGUUUGAUUCCUCAGAGUCCGCAGAAAAGGCCUGCAGGAUCAUGAAUGGCAUUAAAAUCAGCGGCAGGGAGAUUGAUGUCCGCUUAGAUCGUAACGCAUGAUUUCACUCCAUUUGGAACAUUCCUUCAUUUGUUUUUUGCUGAAUCUUUUAGAAAUAGUCUUUUUGUUUGUUUUAGUAAUAUCAUAUGCUUAUAAAAGCUGUAAAAAUGAACUUUUAAAAUUCCCACCAGCUUUCAACAGUAUAAUGUUAAAAAUAUACUGUGACUUUUUUUGUUGUUGUUGUUCAUCUUAUGUUGGGUUUCUAAAAACAGCACGUCUGGUCAUUCAGUUUAAAUGAAUGGUUAUACUGUUUUUAAAGAAAUAAGCCAUCUUCUCGUUGUUUUCACUAGGCAUAGAAGAGUCUGUUUUGGUUGCCCAGCUUUUAUCAAUUUAUUGUGAGGUGAAAGAUAGAUGGGUUUUUCAAAGCUUUUGUUUUACACUUUCUAGUUGUCCAUGAAAAGAAGGGCUCCAACUAAUUAGAAUAUGAUUUCAGUUGGUUUUAAAGUGCUUUUCUUUGGCGUAAAGAAUUACUUCAAGUGUUAGAUUAUAAAGUUCAGGAUGUUUUUAUUUGACUUAAAUGAAGAAAGGGAUUUUUUCUUCUGUGUUCUCCCAUUCCCAUUUUCCACAUAACACUAUUAAUAAAAUCAAUCCCCACAGCCCCUUAUUUUAUUAUUUCCAAUGAUUCCAAGUUCAUAUAGAACUGAUAGUGUAGCAAGCCCCAGGUACAGUAAUAGGCAGACUACACCCAACUUCCGGUCUAGUUUCCAAUUAUUAAAGUGAACUGCUAGAAAGAGAAAAAUAAUUGAGACGGUGAGGGAGAUGGUGAUGUAGGUGAGUCCUCUGCUGUUCACUCCCACGGGGGUGGAUGUGUUUACGAAUGCAGUUUGAAUGAGCCAGGGAACACCCAAGCACAGCAUGUCGAACACGUUGGACCCCACAAUGUUGGCCAUCGCCAUGUCUCCUCUCCCUGCAGGCAGGAAGCAUUCUGGUAAAGUGUGCUCACCAGUACUGUAUUUCAUUGAUAGCCUUUGUAAGAAAAACACUGGAUACUUUUUUUUUGUUUUUUGGUUAGUUUUAGAAAAUUGUUAUUAGAUAUUGCAUCUUGUUGAAUUUGUAUUUUAAACUUUUCCUUCGGUUAGUAUUUAAAAUCUUAACAUUUAUUUAAUAAUAAUUAUUUAUUAAACCAUUUCGCAACAAGGUAUGUAGCUUACUCAUUGCUUUUCAUUCUGAUUUAACUAGUUACUAUUUAAUGCACAUUCCAAUAUUAUUUGGGGGAUCAGAUUGAGUGAAACUGCUAUGGUAUUAUAUAGCAAACUCUUGCCCUUGAGUCCCUUUUUUCUUUCUUAAAAGUAUGUUAAAUGAGGAAAUAAAUAUUUUUAAAGUUA